GCCUUGUUGGCCAUGAAGUGCGUGUGGGCAGCAAUAAUACGUCCAACUGUGUUGUCAUACCUGCAUUCUCCUGCACGCUGCAGACUCAACUCUUCUCACUAGUCCACUCGUCGACACCCACCACCAUGGAUACCGCCAGGAUACAUCUGGUUUUCCUGGUGCUGUUCUCUCUUGGAGAAGUUAAGGGAUGAGCUUUAGUCGUCAGGGAUAUGGGAGUCAUAAAGAAGAUACUGAUCAAAAACUACUGUACAACUUCACUGAACUCUCUCACGUUACAUCUACGCAUAACAAGGCGCUGUUAAUGAAGACCAGUUGUCAGCGAGAGGAAAGUCAAAUUUCUAACGAUACAACCGAUUCUCUUCCAGUCCAACCUGAGGGCCAGCUGCCACAGGUUAGGGAUUAUGACUCGAAAUAUGCAAAUAAGGAAUCACCAGAGAUUAGUUAUCAAGACCAACUUUUGGAAGUAAGUGCCCACAAGGAUAAGAACAUUGUGAGACGAGAUACUAGAAGAAAUCUUGAAGCUGGAAAUGAAAUGAGACAAACUUUGAACUGGACAACACCAGACAUUAUGCAUCACGAAAGACAGCACCGUUCACAUAAUAGGCUUCCAGAUAUACAAAAAAUUGAAAUUCAGUCUCAUUAUAGAAGAGAACUUAAAAAUCCUCCAUUUAAUCAAGCAAGACUUAAAGAUGAAGAUGUUUGGCUGCGAAACACAGUAGAUUCUCAGCAGCAACUUAGAGGGAAUAUUCUCCGUGGGCAAGAUGUCGCCUUGUUACAACCACAUCAGGGGCAAGAUGUCACCUUGUUACAACCACAUCAGGGGCAAGAUGUCACUUUGUUACAACCACAUCAGGGGCAAGAUGUCACCUUGUUACAACCACAUCAGGGGCAAGAUGUCACCUUGUUACAACCACAUCAGGGGCAAGAUGUCACCUUGUUACAACCACAUCACGGGCAAGAUGUCGCCUUGUUACAGCCACAUCAGGGGCAAAACGCCAUCUUGUUACAACCACAUAAGGGCCAAGACGUCAACUUGCAGCAGUUUCGUAAGAAGCAAGAUAUCAGUUUGUUACAGCCUCGACAGGGGCAAGAUGUCAGCCUGCAGCACCAGUCUCAUCAAGAGCAAGAUAUCAACUCUUAUCAGCCAUAUCAGAGGCAAGAUGCCAGCUUGCUUCAAUCUCAUCAGGGGCGAGAUAUCAGCCUUCUACAGCCAUAUCAGACGCAAGAUGUCAGCUUUCUACAGAAAAAUAAUGAACAAUAUGUCAGCUUUCAACAACCACUUCAGGGACAAAAUAUCAGCAUUCUUCAGCCACGUCGAAGGCAACAUGCUAGUUUGCAGCAAACACUUCAUGACGAGAGAUAUCAGUUGCAAGAUAGCAUGCAGCAACCACAAAGGAGGGAAGAUGUCACUUUUCUACAUCCACUUCAGGGACAAGAUGUCAAUUUGAUUCAUUCGCAUCAGAGAAAGGGCACCAACCUGCCAGGCAAAUUACAAGAGCCUCAGCAUCAGGAAGGUAUAUUCCCAGAGCAUAAAGCUAAAUUGUCAAUAGUCCAGAAUAAACUCGUACAUCAUUUACAUGAGACAUCCGUUCCAGAACCUCAAAUUCAAGAAUUAAAAACUCACAACAAUGAGAUAGGAAAACGACAUCAGCAUGAUGAGAACUUUUUUGAGAAUCUUACUUACGGGGUUCCUGAACAUGGCAAGAAAGCAAUAGAAUCAAGAGAAAUAAAAUUUAUUCCUACAGAGAACGAACAUAAAACAGACUCAGUUAGCAUGUACCACCAGAACUCCAGUCAUCCAGGCGAGUCAGUCCAGGGUUCCAUUGGGCUUCAAGAGGAAUCGCACCAUCCAACAACUGAAGGGAUAGAACAUACUCAUCCCCACUACCCACAACCCAAACAGUUCGAUCUGUAUGGUAGAGUACAUGCUGAAGGCAACGGGAAGGCGACUACCCAACACAGAGGAAAAUCGACUGUGGAGGAGGGCUCUGUUAACAUGGAUGUAACAGACAUACAUUCAGAGCAUGGAGGAGGUACAGGGCAACACCUUAAAGGUAAUGGAACUCCUCGGUAUACGGAAUAUUAUCCUUCUGUAACCGCAGCUUUAGCCGACAAGGAUGGAGAGAACACUGAUGAUUCGCACGCGGAGAAUCUCCCGACGAACGAACUUGUUCUUCAAGGUAGAAGUGACCUACAACCCGAGGAGUACAGAAGCCAAGUUGGCCUCGGUACUGCUAUUUCUGGUGAGUGUGACUCCCCUCUUCAAGAAACUAGCAGCAGUGCCAUGUCAAAAAAUUAUACUUCUCUCAGCGAUAAACCGAAUGAGAAAAGCAAUUCAUUAACUCAACAUUCCAUGAAAUUCAUACCUAGAAGAAGCCAGUCUAAUGAGGGCUUAGUUUCACAAACUAAUCGAAAAGUUUUUGAAGACAGUGAUAUAUAUCAACUCAACAGCGGUGAGGUAACAACUGAAGGAAAUACCGAAGCUAUUUCGACAAAUGGUUUCAAUCAAAACCAAACUGGAAACAAUACUGAAGGUCAAGACUCAGUGAAGUAUUCUGACGACCUCUCCAGAGGCUACCAAAAUGUUAAAAAUAUAGGGAGUCUUGAUAAUGGCAAGAGUGCAGCCCGCUACAUAACCGACGAAAGUUAUAAUAUAGUAAAUUCUGUUCCAAACAUUUUACAAGUUGAUGAUAAUCGAAAAUAUAUAUAUUCAGAGAAAAUGAAAGAUAUUCCUUCAUUUAUUCCAAUUACUGAACAAUAUAGUAACUAUGGGAGCAAAAGUGAAAUUUUUUCCGGAACGAAGCUCAAACUAAACGAAGACGUCGAUAACAAUGAGAGUGUGAAGUUUUCCAAUGUUAACAGUUCAGUGGCUCCUGAAAAUUAUGAUAUAACGGCCCUUGUAACUAAAGCAGCGCAACAAACUGGUAGUGAUGGAACAGUAUCUAACAAUAUUAAUGAUUCGGAGGCCAGUAACAGUUACGGUGUGAAUGAUUCUUUUGUUUCAAAAGAAACUGGAAGUGUUCGCCCGAAGUUUCAAGACGCUGAGUUGUCUGAUAGUCACAAAUUAGGAAUUACAAACAAAAAUAGCCCAGAUUUCAGUGGCGAUGUUAGGAAACAAACAAGUGCAUACACAGGUAAAACAUAUUUUUCCAAUAUAUCUUUUGGCGAUAGUACAAAAGCUUUUCACGUAAAUGACUCACAGGUCAACAUUAACAAUAGCUUAGAGACAAAUAAAAGUGUUGAAUUAGAGAUCCAAGGUGCUGAUGACUAUGAUGCUGUUGAAAUAAUAGAUUCAAUGGUUUUACACCAAGAUAAUGAAGCAAUGGAUACUGAUUUUACAUCCUAUAAUGAUGAUGUGCAACAAGUCAGAGAUGAAGUAGUUUUUAAUGGGCAACGGAUUUCUGGUUCCAGUGCCUAUGCUAACACCAAAGGCAAUGGUUCUGAUCCUGAGGUCUCACACAGUAAACAGUGGAACGGUCGUAUUGCUUAUAACUCAAGAGAAAAUUAUAUAAAGAUGCAAGAAAGCAAAAAAUUCAAUGAUACUGAUGAGAUUGUAUCACCUGCUACUCGACUUGGUAGCCCAAAAUUCACUGGUAAUGAUGUAGACGACAUUGGUGAAGUUGGAGACGAUUUCACUAUAUCUAAGAAUUCCAAUUCCAUUGUUGACAAAAAAUCAGUGGAUUCUGUUGUUGAUGAUGGCAUGAAAACAAGUGAGGUCGUUAAAAAAAUAGAACCAGGAUAGACAGAGAAAGUCUCCCA